AUGGCGGCGAACCUGAGCCGGAACGGGCCGGCGCUGCAGGAGGCCUACGUGCGGGUGGUCACCGAGAAGUCCCCGACUGACUGGGCUCUCUUUACCUAUGAAGGCAACAGCAAUGACAUCCGCGUGGCUGGCACGGGGGAGGGUGGCCUGGAGGAGAUGGUGGAAGAGCUCAACAGCGGGAAAGUGAUGUAUGCCUUCUGCAGAGUGAAGGACCCCAACUCUGGCCUGCCCAAGUUUGUUCUCAUCAACUGGACAGGUGAGGGCGUGAAUGACGUGCGGAAGGGAGUAUGCGCCAAUCACGUCAGCACCAUGGUCAACUUCCUUAAGGGGGCCCACAUAACCAUCAACGCGCGAGCUGAGGAGGACGUGGAGCCCGAGUGCAUCAUGCAGAAGGUGGCCAAGGCCUCGGGCGCCAACUACAGCUUCCACAAAGAGAGUGGCCGCUUCCAGGACGCAGGGCCUCAAGCCCCCGUGGGCUCAGUGUACCAGAAGACCAACGCCGUCUCUGAGAUCAAGAGGGUUGGCAAAGACAGCUUCUGGGCCAAAGCUGAAAAGGAAGAGGAGAACCGGCGGCUAGAGGAGAAGCGGCGGGCUGAGGAGGAGCAGCGGCGGCUGGAACAGGAGCGCCGGGAGCGGGAGCUGCGCGAGGCCGCCCUCCGGGAGCAGCGCUAUCAGGAGCAGGGUAGCACAGCUAGCCCUGGGAGCAGGACGUGUGAGCAGCAGCAAGAUAUGGUUUCAGGGAACCGAGAGGAGCAGGAGUCUCCCAGUCUGCAGGCCACACACCCAAGGGAGAUUUUCAAGCAGAAGGAGAGGGCAAUGUCCACCACCUCUGUCUCUAUCCCUCAGCCAGGCAAGCUGAGGAGUCCCUUCCUGCAAAAGCAGCUCACCCAGCCGGAGACCCCCUCCAGCAGAGAGCCAACUCCCACCAGCUCAAGGCCCAGGGCAGAUCUCCAUGAGGAGCCAGCACCCAGUGCGCCUCUGUGUCUGGUGCAGGCGGAAGAGGAUGCUGUGUACGAGGAGCCCCCAGAGCAGGAGACCUAUUAUGAGGAGCCCCCACUGGUGCAGCAGGAAGGUGCUGGCUCUGAGCAUGUUGACCACUACACACAGGGUCAGGGGCUCAGUGGGCAAGGUCUCUGUGCCCGGGCCCUGUAUGACUACCAGGCAGCUGACGACACAGAGAUCUCCUUUGACCCUGAGAACCUCAUCACGGGCAUCGAGGUGAUCGAUGAAGGCUGGUGGCGUGGUUACGGGCCAGAUGGCCACUUUGGCAUGUUCCCUGCCAACUACGUGGAGCUCAUCGAGUGAGGCUGAGGGCCGUCUUUCCCUCCCCACCCAGAUGUGGCUUCCUUGUUGCUGGAAGAGGAGGCCUGAGAGUUGAUGUUUGGCACUCUUCCAGGAAUGGGACCCAUGAUGAAGAUGAGGCCUCAGGGCUCCCUCUGGCCUGGGUGGCUCAGUCUCUGUCACCCCACAUGCAGCAAUAACCUGGCGAUUCCCAAACAUGCUUCCUGCAGCCCCCCAGAUCCUCCCAGCCAGCCUGGCCCUUGUCCCCAGAAGGAUAUUAGCCAGGCCCCGCCUGCGGCCAGCCCCUUGGUGACUUCCACCAAGGAGAGCAGCCACUGGCAGGCUGGGGGAUCUUAGCAGGGCAUCUGGAGGCACAUCCAUGCUCCAGGCUGCCUCCUGCAUUUGCCUUUUUUCUUUUUCUCUUGCUUCUAAGGGGUGGUGGCUACAGCUGUUUAGAAUGGACCCUUGGGAACAAUGAACUUAGAGAAUUGCUCUUAGCAGAGUUUAUGACCAAAGUUAGAGUCAGAGUGGAUCUGUCAGUCUUGACAGCAGGUAGGUCGUCUGGGAGCCUGCUCUGUGCUCCCCGCUCCAUUUCCCUAUCCCUCUGCCUGGCUGUGGGAAGUGGGGACCAGAUGACCCAGCUCCUGUCUCUGGGUUUGUGAAAACAACAGCAGACACAGCAUGUCCUUCGGUGUGGCUCACUGUCUGCCGGCCCCCGUGUGCCUCAUGCUGAUUCUGGCUUCAGCAGGGGUCUUUGUCUGCUGCCCUCUCCCAACCCCCUUCCAUCCCCCAAAUUUUCUGUCCUAGCCCAUCUGAAGAAGAAACCUGCUUUUGGUCUAAGAAUUGCAGUUUGGUCCCCACAGGCUCCCAGCUCUGACCUGCCCUGCUGUAGCCUGAAUGCUCCCAUGUGGAAGCCAGCUCUGUGCCUGGGGUGUGCACGUGUGUGUGCACGUGGGUGUGAGCACACAAACCCUCAGACCACCGCAGCCGCUGAUCUGCCACCUGGAGGGGCAUAAACUUUAGGAUGUGACUGAA